UAAAUAAUUGUCAAUAGAAUCUUGUUCACAUUUAUGCAGACUCAUUUUCAAGUAAAUGUUCCACCAGUUUGUACAUUAGUAAAUAAACAACCAAGACAGUUGAUUUCAUGCAUAACAAUAUUCUCAUUAAUAAUAACAGUACUACUACUACUAAUAGUAAUAUGAAUGUAACUAAUAAUGUAGUAGUAACACCAGCCCAUUUACUGACAUUAUUACCUGGAGCUAUUCCACCGGAAUCAACAAAUUAUUUCUAUGGAAAAAUUACACGUGAACAAGCUGAAGAAUUAUUAUUUACAAAUGGAGCUAAUGAAGGUUUAUUUUUAUUACGUGAAUCAGUAAAUCGAAAUUAUGCUGUAUCUAUAUGUCAUUUGGGUCGUGUACAUCAUUAUAAUGUUGAAAGACAAACAGAUUGUUCAUAUAGAAUUCAAACAGGCCAUAAAUUUAUUGGUCCAGUUGAAUUAGUUCAACAUCAUUCAACACAAUUGGAUGGUUUUCUUACAUUAGCUCAAUUACCAUUAAAUCGUCCAGUUGGUAUGUCACCGAUUGUUUUACAAGGUUUAAAUGCUAACGAUUUGGAACAUAAUUUGCGUUUAAAAGCUAUCGAAAUGGGAUUAAAAGGUCAAAGUGUUGAAGAAGCGUUAAACGGUCCAAUGCGUAAUCAUUUACGCUUUUUAGUAAUAAAAGAUUUACAUUUAUUACAACCAUGGUAUCAUCAUACUAUAAGACGAUAUGAAGCUGAAUCACGUUUGGCUAGUGAAGGAAAUCAAGACGGUGCAUUUUUAGUACGUUAUCGUAAAGAAGAUAGAACCUAUGUAUUAAGUUUAACAAGUCAAAAUGAACCAAAACAUUAUCGUAUUGAAGAAUAUUUAAGUAGAUGGUCUAUAGAAGGUGGACAAUAUUUUGAAACUAUCAUGGAACUAAUUGAUCAUUAUCAUUUUCGUCAAGAUGGAUUAUUAUGUAAAUUACAGAAACCAAUAGCAGUAUCAAAUUUCACAUGUUCACUUUCAGGUUCCGGUGGUAUAUCAAAAAUUACAACUAUAGAUGAUUUCAAGACUUCAUCAAAUGAGAUAAUAACAACAACACUAACAACUGGACCAAUUAUUCCAGGAACAAAUACAACGAUAACAACAAAUGAGCAAUCUUGUAAUUUUAUAAAUCGUUAUCCAAAUUCACAAACUAUAUUCACACCAUUCACUACUAAUUUAUCAUCAUCUGGACAAACACCAUUAAAGAUGACUAACAGUAAUAAUACUACUAAUAAUAACAGACUUAUUUCAUCAAAUCGUUUCAUUCAAACAUCCACAACAAAAGUUACAACAACACCACCACCAGUAGAAUCAUCCAUGAGUACACCAUCAAAUUCUAGUAAUUUCACAAAUGCUAUGUUAAUAGGAUCUACACUUAUACCACAAAUGGUCUUAUUUGAUAGAGAAAUAAAUGAAGUUACUAAAUUAAUGAAUGGACAAACUACAUCCGUUAGUACUAAUAUACAUAAUACUACUAUGAGUAAUAAUAAUAACGUAAAAGAUUCACGUGUUGGUUGUUUGAAACCGAUCAGAUUAAAUGAACCAUUAACAACAAUGAGUAAAGCAUUUGCUGAAGUAGACAAUGCUAUUGCACAAGUUGUAUCAAAUGCUUUCUCUUCUCCAUCUACUAAUAGACAAUCAAUAUCACCGAUAACUAGUACAAUUACAACUGUGAUAACAACUACCACUACGGUAAUGACAACUAUGAUUGCACCAAGUAUAGAUAAUUUAAAGAAUAAUAGUUGUAUGAAUACUCAUUUUAUACAUAAUCAUUGUAAUCAUACUAAUGCUAAUAAUACUAUGGAUCAUCAUAAUGUUAAUGUGAAUAUUAUUGACAAACGCAUCACUAAUACUAUUAUUAAUAAAGAAUUUAUCCCAACACAAACAUUACAUUUUCCUCCAAUAUUGGAUACACCAUGGGAAGAACCAGAUUGUAGUGAAGAACAUGCACAAAGUACAUCUAGCAGUGGUGGUUCAUUUGGUAGUGGCUGUGCUAGUGGUAGUAGUAGUAGUAGUGUUGGUGCUGGAAGUUGUGGAAAUUCUGGACUAACACCAACGAAUACAAAUUUAUCGACAUUUAUUGGAAAUAAUCCAUUUUUACCAUUGAUUAGUCCAACAUUGACACGUCGUACUUCAUCGUUGAAUAAUUCAAAUCAUUUAAUGAAUAAAAUAAACUUUACAGAUAAUAAUAAUGAAACACUUUGUUCGACUACCACUACUACUAAUAAUAAUAAUAGUAAUAAUAAUACUGUUAGUAAUAUUGGACCAAUGGAAACUCAAUCAAAUCGUAGCGCUUGGGCAAAUGCAAUUAGUCCAGAGAAUGCUCAACAAAUUUAUGAUGAAUUACCACCAUCGAAUUUCUUGUUGAACUCACAAACAGUAACGCUGAAAGAACGAUUAGGUGGAGGAAAUUUUGGUCAUGUGGUCAAAGGUUUAUACCGUACCCCUUCAGGACAAGAAGUACCAGUUGCAGUGAAAACUCUGAAACCAAAUCAAAUUGCCAAUUCUGGCGAGCGUGAAAUUCUCGCUGAAGCACGUACAAUGGCUCAAUUGAAACAUCGACAUAUUGUAAGAUUAAUUGGUGUAUGUAAAGAAGAACAAUUUAUGCUUGUCCUUGAAUUGGCGCCUUUAGGUCCAAUUAAUAAAUAUUUGAAAAAGCGCCCUGAUGUCAGUGUUCAUACAUUAACUGAACUGAUGCAUCAAGUUGCAUUGGGUAUGGCUUAUUUGGAAUCGUGUAAAUUUGUACAUCGAGAUUUAGCUGCUCGUAAUGUUCUAUUGGUUACACGUCAUUUUGCCAAGAUUAGUGAUUUUGGAAUGAGUAAAGCAUUGAAUUUCGGUAGUGAUUAUUAUCGGGUAUGUUGUAAUCAGAUUUUUCUAAACAAAAUAAAUGAACAUAAUGUGAUUUUGGCAUAAGGAUUUUGUGGGGAUUGGAAAAUUUUGUAUUUUGAAUCACAAGGUGACCUUAUUUAAACAACUAUUAAAAACUACUAAGCACUGGUCAGAUAUUUCUUCGCUGUAUUGGACUAAUCAGCAGUAUACAUCCAUGUGUUCAACUAGGGAUUGAACUUAUAAACUCCAAGCCUCGUGACCAGCUUUUAACCUUUAGACAGUUGAGUUGGCGAAAAAGUUUAGUCGUUUAAACUCCACUCCGAAAGUUGAAAGGUCUUCAUUUAAAAGGAUUGCGAUGUUUCAUAGUGAAAUCAGAGAUUCAUCGGAGUUCACGAGAACAGAACAACAAUCAAUGCAGGUACUUGGAAUGUCAGGAAAAUUAGUUCGAUAAGUAAGUAACGAAGUUAAAUAUCAUAGAAAAACAUAAAAUAGUUGAAUUUUCAAGUCUCAAUUUUCAUUGGCAAGAUAGAUUCUUUUUAAGUAGUCCUUUCUAUCUCAAAACUCGUUUUUUGUUGUUUUCUAUAUAGGCUGCAACGGCUGGGAAAUGGCCUCUAAAAUGGUAUGCACCUGAAUGUAUAUAUUACUUUCGAUUUGACUCAAAGUCUGAUGUAUGGAGUUAUGGCAUAACUUUAUGGGAAGUUUACUCCUAUGGUGAACGACCAUAUAGAGAUAUGAAAGGUGCACAAAUAUUAGCAAUGUUAGAUCAAGGUCUACGUUUAUCACGACCAAGUCGAUGUCCUGAAUCAAUUUAUAGUAUUAUGCAACAAUGUUGGAAUUUUGAAGGUGUACAUAGACCAACAUUUGCGGAACUUGUCUUAACAAUAUCACGUAUUUUAAGAGCAAUGCCAUCACCACAAACAAAUAUUUGUAUACCCAAUAAUCAUCAUCAUCAUCACCAUACUAAUAAUAGUGGUAGUAAUAAUAUUAAUACUAGUAAUAGUAAUAAUAAUGUGUUAUCUAGUAAUUUACCAACAAAGUUUGAUCAUUUACAUUCACCUACUCAUCAACAUAAUAACAGUAAUAAAAAUGAUAAUAUCACCACCAACAACAACAACACCACUAUCAUACAUAACAAUAAUACUGGUUUACAUCCAAUUGAAUUUAGUCCAUUAAGACGUCUUGGUGGAAUUGGUACAAGUACAAGUUCCGGUGGUAGUGGUGUAAACAGUGGUGGAAGUGAUGGUACAUCAUUUUAAAUUUAAUAUUCAAUCAAAUAAGGAUCAAUGUCACGAUACUUUACAAUCGUCAUCAGAAAAGAGAAAAGAUUAGUCAAAUUGAUAACAGUUAUUGAUUUUGCAUCUUGACAAACACUGCACAUCUUACGUUUGUGCAUUUUGUCGAUUUUUUUCUUUCCUUUUUUUCUCUCUCUUUCCCUCCGUCCCUCCCUCCCUCCUUCCUUCCUUUCUUCCUUCCUUCUUUCGGAGUUUGUUCUCUCGAUAUUCUUUAUAUGAUACUCAUCAAAACAGAACGAGAUCUACAUAUGAUAUAAAUAUAUACGGAAUUACAAAUGAUUUUGUUUAAUAUUUUUUUAAUUACUGUCUUAAAAACACUAAAACAUAGAUACAUAAUAACUCUGUUGCCAAUUAAGCCUUUAAAUGAUUUUGUUUUAAUAGACCACAUUGUUAUUGAUGUUUUGGUUCUCUUGGAUCCUUGUGAUUGAAUACUAUGAUGAUGACUGUGAUGAUGAUUGUCGGUGCCAUGAUAAAUUUUGAACCUUAUACUCUAGUAAUAAUCGAUAUGUGAAUGUGUAAUUGUCAACGAAACAAUUCUAUUCAAUUGAUGUUUUCUUUUUUAUUAUUAUAUAAUUCUACAAUUGUAUAUAAUUUCAAAGUAUAUUUUGAUGGGGUUUCGUAUUUGAAGCUGAAUGGUUUAAUCGUAAAGUUUGUACUAAUGAUGUGAUUCAGAAGAACAAUGAAAGCCCAGUGAUCAAACCAUCCAAUUCAAAGAAUGGAACUUCAUCAAAAUCAUCUAACUGAGCUAAAAAAAAAUCUUCACCAUCAACUCAUAGUACACUGAUAUCUAUUGAAGACUAUUGAAUAUUAAAGAUUAUUAGAUAUUUAUUUAUAUUUUUUCGUAGUGUAUAUUUCAGAUAAACACAUUAUAUUACUUCUUUUAUAAAUUAGUUUCUAUGGAAAGAGGUAAUUCUUCCAAAUAAUAAUAAUACUACUUAUAUUCAUACUACUAAUAAAUAGUAAAUCAAUAUGAAUAACCUUCAAGUCAAUUAUCAAUAUUCUUCUAUCAUUUAUUACUCUUAACCCCCUAAUACUUUCAAGUGAACUCUCAACUAUUCAUCAUAAUUUUCAUGUAUUCAAAGCAAUUAGUCCCUUUGAUAAAUUUCGAUAGUGUAAUAUAAGAACACAAAGAUUAUCAGAACUAUGUGAUAAUGUAUUAGUGCAAUACAUUUCAAACAAUCUGAUCACACAUAAUAUACUUGUUAAGGACGUAUACUAAGGUUUAUUGAAGCCUUAGCCAUACGAAAAUUCAACCCCCCCUCUGUGUAUUCAAAAACAUUUUGUUUUCAUCUUAAACCUACCCUGGUAAUAGUAGCUUAUUAUCCAGAGUGAUUAGGUUUCAAAUUGUUUUCACAUUAUUAUUAUUAUUAUUAUUAUU